AUGGGGUGAAAAUCUUCAAAAAGAAUUGAAGCAAGUGAAGAUGUCUAUCUUCCACCACCUUCCAGCUUUGCAGUAUUCGACGUCAACUCAAUUCAAGAACCAUGGCUUGUAGUGGACAAUUCUGUUCAAGAAAAUCAAGAAAUGCCAUCAAAUGUGCAAGCUCCAAUACUAGAGAAGCUCAACCAGUUUGAAACGGACGCUCCUCAUUCUUGGGAUGAGGUUAGUAAGGCACUUGAAGACCUUAAGCCUACCCUCAGUUAAAAAAGGCCACCAGCCACACCACCACCACCACCACCACCACCACAAAAGCCUUAUUAUACUACACCAACUCAAGUUGCUAAAACCAACCGAGAAAUGAAGCAAGAACCGAGAAAGAGUGUUUCUAUUCAUACCCUUGUAGAGCUGGAAGCAAAACUAGCUCCAAAACCUGAAAAGGAGAUGAAAAAAACAGAGCCCAUUAGGACCGGCCAGUUGAGGAAAGUUGAGGUUGUCAGCAAACCCGAGUCACGAGUUGGGACUGAGCCAGUGAUCCAGUCAGGUGCUGGUGGUGCUGUGAGGUGUGAAAAUAUCCUCAUAGUAAGGGAUACGUUAGAGAGGGAAAAGGGAGGGAAGCCUGUGAAGAAGUUGGACCCACUGAGUGGAUUCGAAUAGAAGAGUCCACCAAGUAGAGCUAACUCAGUUGUUCUUUACACGACGUCGUUACGAGGGGUACGUAAGACAUUUGAAGAUUGUGCACGUGUGAAGACCAUAUUUGAGCUGCACCAUGUAAUUUUUUAUGAGAGCGACGUGUCUUUGCAUGGGGAGUUUUUGAAAGAGUAGAGGGAUUUGAUGGGAGAAGGGGUGAGUGUGCCUACGGUUUUUAUCAAGGGAAGGUAAAUAGGAGUGGAUGAGGUUGUUGAGUUGAAUGAGUCAGGUCGACUCGGGAGGAUACUAGUUUGGGCACGUGGAAGAGUUGAGGGAAGACAAGCGUGUGAAGGAGGUGGGGAAGCUAGGUUUGUGCCAUGUUUGGAAUGUGGUGGGUGGUGUAAGGUUUUGGUUGAUGGGUCCAAGGAGAGGUGUGGGAAGUGCAAUGAGAAGGGGUUGGUUCGUUGCCCAACUUGUCAUUAACGAAGUUUAAAUUUUUUUUAAAAAAGAAAAAAACUCGA